GACGGUAGUAUUGGCCUGUUUGAUUACUCCUAGUAUCGGACCCACAUCUUGAGCAGCGCAGUGUUGUCGAGCCUGGAAAGCGGUCAGGCGUAUGGACAGGCGGCCGUAGCUCCUUCAUCCUUCUCCGACCACCACCCGAACAGUGGACGGACGACACUGACGAGUUAUUCCAGCGCACACACGGGCCUGUCCCCUCUUCUGCGCUCUGGUGCCUCCACUGCAGGGCCUCGUCUUCUUCAGCUUACUGGGGGAAAGUGGGUGUUUGCUGCUCACUGGUGUUUCGGCAGCAGCGGCGGCGGCGCGAAGUGUCCUCGAUGGCUGGCUGGAAGGACGGCUCGGUGCAGGAGAAGUACCGUCUGGUCGUGGUCGGAGGCGGUGGCGUCGGGAAAUCAGCCUUGACUAUCCAGUUUAUUCAGUCAUACUUUGUCACCGACUAUGAUCCUACGAUCGAAGACUCUUACACCAAGCAGUGCGUGAUUGAUGAAAGGCCGGCCAGGCUGGACAUCCUCGACACGGCUGGACAGGAAGAGUUCGGAGCCAUGCGAGAACAAUACAUGAGGACAGGGGAGGGCUUCCUGCUCGUCUUCUCAGUCACUGACAGAGGAAGCUUUGAAGAAAUCUACAAAUUCCAAAGACAGAUUCUGCGAGUCAAAGACAGAGAUGAAUUCCCCAUGAUCCUCGUAGGCAACAAGGCAGAUCUGGAGCUGCAGAGACAAGUAACCCAGGAAGAGGGCCAGCAGCUGGCCAGACAGCUAAAAGUCACAUAUAUGGAGGCUUCAGCUAAAAUCCGUAUGAACGUAGACCAGGCUUUUCACGAGCUGGUUAGGGUAAUCAGGAAAUUCCAAGAACAAGAAUGUCCACCGUCGCCGGAGCCUACGAGAAAAGAGAAAGACAAAACCGGCUGCCAUUGUGUGAUCGUCUGAGUCUGCCUUAUCACUGUUAACUCAUGCAGCUAAUCUACCACCCCCUCCCCUCGGCCCCCGCCCCCCUCCCACUCUGCCUGACAUUACAUCCCAAGUGGAUGAGUGACCGCUGCCUUCUCCCUCCAUGUGCAUGACUUCAGACAGCCUUUUCUGAGUUAACUCGGACCAGGAACUGCUGUUUCCAGGACAUCGCUAUGGGACAACUGACAAUGCCAAAUUUUUAACACCACUCUACCUUCAGCUGCGAUCUAAUCCACACGAGAGAGUACCAACACUAAACAUUGCCUUCUUAAAAUCAGCCUGACAAAUUAAAUGUUUUGUACUCUGAAGGACUCCUCUUGCCUUGUAGUGACAUUUGUACUUGCUACCGAGUUUGAAUGAAAUCUAUAUCCAGAAUGUUAAUGACAUUUCUUUAGUUUCCAGGAUCUGACCAGAGCAGAGAGAUUAUCUUACGAAGCUUUGUGUAUGUUGUGCCAUAUCCACCUUUACUCCCCAUGUGCUAAUCUGCUACUGUACAUAUGUGACAUUUGUUGUGGUUUUCAAAGUGUAUUUCUAAUGAUCUAUUAAAUCACCACAGUGCAGUGUGUGAGGUUGAGUUUGGUUUUACAUAUAAGAAACUGAAUAUGUAUGUAUAUAAAUGUAAUUCCUAGACAUCCUUUAAUGAUAUAUUGAGACAUAUUUCUGGCAUUCUGCAGUGGAUAACUUAACCCCCUUUUUAUGCUUUUAGUUCAAUUGCCAAAUAUGGAUUGUCUGCUGUAUUAGAAUCCCCCCUCUCACCGCCAAGUCUUAUAGAUUGAAUGAUUGUAAUCAUAUUCUUGACAUACAGAACGCGUCGUGUUCGCCUCAGUUUUCCUCCCAAAAGGUGCAACCUCAUUCGGUAAACUUGAAAAUCUUCGAAGCGGAUUAUGAACAUCUGGUUUCAACUGUUAAAACCAGAUAUUUCCACACCUGCAUAAAAAGAUACAUAACCAUUUUGUCUCAGUGUCUGACAUUAUAGAAAUUAAGUCUAUUUUAGAUUUAGGAUUACCAAAGCUGUUUCUGUUUGCUAAACAGCAUAAUUAUGGUUCUU